AUGAAUUGCUCGCUCGGUGAGGGUCCAUUCUGGGAAGACGACACAAACACACUUCGCUUCCUGGAUGUGGAGAAAUGCAAAGUUCAUCGCGUUGAUUUGAACGUUGGACAAUCGAGUCUCAAAGUUAUUAAGGACUUUGAUAUCUCAAUAGGGUGCACAGCAGACAUCGAAGGCAACCCUAGCGAAUUCGCCUUCGCUGGUAAAUACGGCUACGGCAUCGCCAACAAGCAAACGGGCGAAUACCGCUGGAUCAAAAAAGUAUGGUCAGAAGAUGAGAUCAAAGCUGGCAAACACGAGAAAUACCGCGGCAAUGACGGUGCCGUCGACUCGCAAGGCCGCUUCUGGGCUGGCUUCAUGUUCGACCCCCUAGUCUCUGACUGGGACGAGCACGGCGCCCUCUUCCGUCUCAACACGGACGGAUCUCUCGACCGGCCAUUGAGCGACAUUGCCAUCCCCAACGGCACAACAUGGAACAAGGACGACAACAAGAUGUACUGGGCUGACAGCCCCACGAAAACGAUUUUCCAGUUCGAUUACGACCCCAAGACCGGCGAGAUUACAAACAGGCGACCUUUCUUUACGAUGCCAGAAGAUAACCGCUAUGGCAAGGACGCUGUGCCAGACGGCCACUGCAUCGAUGAGGAGGGAUUCAUGUGGACGGCACUACAUGGCGGAUCUCAUGUCCUCAAGAUCUCCCCGGAAGGCGAGAUCGUGGGCGAAAUCAAGGUUCCAACAUCGCAGCCCACCUGCCCUUGUUUCUGUGGCGAAGACCUUGUUAUUACCAGCGCGGGUGGCACGAGCGGAGAGGGUGGCAAGGGUGUGGACGAGUUUGCUGGCAGUGUGUUCAAGAUCAACGUCGGGGUACGGGGACUGAAGAGGUUCAAGUACAAGAGUGGCGCGUAG